CACCUUGCCCAUCAAGAAUAUAUCCACAUUCCUCCAGGUGCCUCGGUAGUCUGAGACUCCUUUCCUGUUGGGGACAUUUGAAGAGACCAGACCAGAGGUAAAUACGUGGAUCAGCGGCCCUGAGAGGGAGUCGGUACAUUCAUGAAGACAAUCUGUAUGGAAUAACAGAAACUAACCAAAUCAAGCAAACCAGAGGAAAUGGCAGAGAAGAAAUUUUUUUUUCAUAUCUGCUGGCUGCUCCUGUUGGUGCUCCAAGUCACUGCACCUUCUUCAGCUCAAAACGCCACAACAUCUCCGGCUAACACUACCACCCCAUCAGCUCCAAAACCGAAGCCCUCUGGCUAUCGGACUCUUCCAGUUGACGUUAAAGUGGCUGUGGGCGAGCCUGCAGAGUUUAGGUGUGGAGUGUCUGAAUCAUAUAAGAACCUUACGUUCACUUUCUACUGCAGUCAUGGAAACUACACUCUCACCUGCCCUGGUGGCAAGGUGGAGGACAUUCCCGAGGCUCUGUAUGGAAGCUGUGAAGUAAAGAAUGGUGAACUGGUGGCUAUUUGGACCCUCAAAGGAACCUCCUACUCUGACAACAAUGCACGAGUCGUUUGUCAUCAUUCAAAGGCUUCAGAUCAAUGCACUGCUGUCCUGCAUAUCUAUGAUAAUGGUGCCAGCAACGCUGUCCUCAUCGGGUGUUUGAUUGGAGGAUUCUUUGGGGCCCUUCUGGUUUUCGGCCUCAUUUUUCUCCUGCUGCCGAAUUCUUUCAUCCAUCAAAACUGUCUUAGUGAAGGUGAAACUGAAGACGACCUGGAUGCGAUUGUAAAAGAAUGAAGAAAAAAAGAGAAAUGCAGUUUAGAUAAACUGCCUUCAUCUGUAAAUGUGUGCUUCUAAAUCCAGUUUAACUGAGGUGAUGCUCAUGGUAACCGUUUUCUACAAAUUAUUUUUACUUUCCUCUGAGAGCUGCUUUCCAUCUUCUACAUUUAAUCAUUGGAUGAUGGACAUAUUUACUAAAAAAAAUGCUACUGUUGUGUGUUGUGCACCUUAAAUGCAGUACCCCAAUUACCCCACAUGAGGGCAGCAUUUUUAUGAAGCUAUUUUCCCAUCAACAGAAUGUGAAUUAAAAACUGUCAAACUGCAAACAGCACAUGUGGCUUUUCUAAACUAACGAGGUGUUACUAUAUUUUCUUUCUGGUUUAUGCUUCAUGAAGCAUCAGUUUGGUCUGAUUCCAAAGGAAGCUGAAGCUAUUUUCUCUUCUUCUCAGUUUUUAGUAUCAGUUUCAGUUAAUUUGAAUAAAGUUACAUCAACGCAAGUAAAGAUGAGUUGGAUGUGAUCAUGUUUGCUUGAAACGUGCAGAACUGAAGUCAACCCUGAUAGACUACAAGAUAAAGCAGCUCUGGCCCACUUUUUACCCAAUGUUACAUAAAUGAGAAUCAACUAAUUACCACAGUCAAACAUUAUCUAAAUAUUCAAAUGAUUCUUAACAUCUACAUAAACACUCUUUGGUAUACUUACACGUACAAUAUUCCUUCUUGUACAAUCACACAUUGUUGGACAUAUAGGGAGCCCCGUGUUUAGUGUCUUAGGUGUGGACACAUUAAUAUCUUUAAUAUGGGAAGAUGAUCUCUGAUCCACUUUAGUCACAGCUGUUUAACUCAAAUGUCUAUUUAUUGUUAACAGUUUUCUUUACCUAUUUUAUAUGGAUCCUACUUACCUCUUUAAUUUCUAAUAUUUCAUAUGAUUCAGUGCAUUAAAAUACUCUUCUUGUUUAUAUUUGUAUAUCCUGUGUAGCUGACUGUGACUCAGUUUCAGUGAAUAGACAGGUCCAUGUAACACAAAUAAAGCUGCCUAAUAUAAAA